CAGACAGUGGUGUUACCUUGAAAAAGUAAUUAACGCAAAUCGCUCGGGGUGAUUUUUGGGUUCAAAGUGGACGUAUAAAAGCUCGACGUAACCCGACAUCAAUAUCGCAGAUCAACUUUUAUCUUCAACCACCAAACUACUCUAUUUCAACAUGAAGUCUGUACUUGUUACCUUGUCGUUGCUGAGCUUGUUGGUUACAUGUGACGCCUGGUUUCUCAACCUGAAAUCUGACAAAAAAGACAAACUGGGCAAGGUGACACCAGCACCGAAUACACGAAAGGUGAUUCUCGUAGCCAGGAAGGUCUACGUUCCCAUGUACGCCUCUGACGACACUGCUACAUCAGACAUGUCCGGCCGUUUGUUGCCAGUCUCUCCUGUACUGGCCACUUCUGGAGCUGUGAUGGGAGGACAACAGCAACCGCUUGACUAUUCUUCAAUGUAUUAUCAACCUCCAGUUGCUGCGUAUGCCAUGUCCGGUCCAGCUGAUGUGUCAGCAGGUUACGUAGCUCCUUCAGCCUAUGCUGCCCCGGUACCAGUCCCCGUCAACGUAGACGCAGCUAUGCAGCCUUAUGUAUUCUAUCCUGGUGGAUAUGGUGCUGCUGGCCCACAGUACGUGCAAUAUGCUAGUGCAGCAUCAGCACCUGAGACAUGGGUGAUGCAGUACGCCGGUGGUGAGGCUGUUCCAGCUGGACUUUAUUCUCCAACGGGAACUGACGGCGAGACAGUAACCCAGGAACUUGCCGUCUCGGCACAGCCAAGUGAAGCGUAUCCAAGUGUUUGACCGCAUUUAUAGUGCCUAGUUUUUUACCUUCAAUUUUUUUUAGCUUGUUUUAAUUUUUCUCAAAAUUGACUAUCGACAAACUUGCUUGUAAAUAUGCAAUACAUUAAACACGCGUUACUUUAAAGCAAAAAA